CUGUGUAGGUUUGUGGGUUCCCAAUAUUAAAUCAUAGUGUAAAACAAAAGCAAAACUGCUCCAUUAUAUGCCCAACCCCUCUAAUAAAUCCACUAAUGUUACAGACUUUCUUUCAUAACACAAAUACACCUAUACCUAAAAUGGCUCCAUUGAGAACCUGUUUGGCAUUACUGUCUCUGCUUGUGCUGGCCAGUUCGUCAGGCGCAAAGGGUUAUGAACCAGACCUGAUUUCUACUGCUUGUAAUCGGACAUUACACCAGGAAUUAUGCAUUUCUUCGUUGAGAUCAGACCCUCGAUCCCACUCAUCAGAUCUCGAGGGGCUAGCGGAGAUAGCGCUGAACAUUAGUACAAUUCACGGCGUCCAAACGCUGUCUUACAUUAAUCAUUUGAAGUCUAAUGUUGGUGGGAAUGUGAGUGAGUAUGUGUUGACUUGCUUGAGUGACUGCAUGGAAGAAUACAGUGAAGCCAUUGAUAAGCUGGAAGACUCAGUUGGUGCUCUGAUGAACAGAUCUUUUGAUGAUCUUGUUACGUUUGUGACUGCUGCAAUGACUGAUUCAGACACUUGUGAGGAAGGGUUUGAGGAGAAUCCAGAGGAGGUGUCUCCUUUGACUAAGAGAAAUCAGGAUUUUAGUAUGUUGUGUAGUAAUUUCUUGGCAAUCACUACUCUUCUUCAUGACUAGUAGAUGAUCUAUGUCUUAAUUUUUAAAUUUGCUUCUCCAUGUGAUUAUUCUUCAA